CUCGAGCUGACAUCAAACUCAUUUCCCUGGUCAAAUCGGUUCGCUUGUUGUGAAACCGGAACUUUUCAUACAAAUCUUCAAAUCAGAGUGACAACGGGAGACGUUGAUUCAUCAGCAUUAUUCCAUCCUCGGUCGGGCCUGCCCCUCCAACUCAUUUCACAACGUCCACGAGACCACGACUCCACAGCACCACUCCUUCCCAAACCGUUGGUGAAGGCUUGAAGUACCGAAGCACUGGACGGAGUGCGCUACAAAGAGGGUAACUGGUGGUUAUCUUGGCGGAUACAAACUGCAUUCAAUCGCCCUUGGCUUUUCAAGUUUUCGCUCAUGGUCUAACUGGGACAAGAUUCAGGAAGCAAAAUGGCGCCAAGUGAUGUCGGCAGCAGCACGGCGUCGGAUAACGACAGCCCGUUCUUGAUUAUUUCCACCUCUUCAGCCAAGCUCGACGCGGCUGCGAGAAAGCAGGUCCGUAGCCAUGUCAUGCGGGGCAAGAAUCGUAAACCGCACAACCUGCAUAACAGCCGUGUUCCCCGGUCAUGGAUCAACGGUCGUCAACUUGAAGAUGCCGAGGAGGACGGGCGCCAGAAGGCCGCCAACCACGAUCUCCAGUGCAUUCCCCAGAGAGUCGGGGACGACAUGUCGCAUAUCACCUUCGCCGACGAGAUGAAACCAUACAUGAUAAAUCUAGCCUUUCACUUUUUCACCGUCCUGAAGCAGGCAAUGCACCCCGUCGAAGCCUGCAUACAGCCAAGCUUUGCUCAAUGGGUCGAUUAUCUCGCCUACGACCGGGCCUAUGUCCACUCCGUUCUGUUCACCACGCAAGCUUACUUCGACUUCAUCCGGUACGGUCAAUUCAGCAACACCACCAUGCACCAUCUGGGUAACUCGCUCAAACUAUUACGCGAGAACCUCACAAACGACAAACUGGCAACUUCUGACUCCACCAUUGGCACUGUCCUCACUCUGGUGCUGAUGGCCGACAUUCUGGAAGACUACGAAGCAGCCAGGAAACACAUGCAGGGCCUAUACCAACUGGUCGAUUUCCGCGGGGGAAUUCGAGCUCUCCGUCAUAACAGCGAGCUACAGGUCAAAGUGCUCAGAGCCGACCUGGGUCUGGCACUAAGCAUGGGCUCCAAACCUCUCUUCUUCUGCUCCGGAUUCUCCUGGGAACCAUACCUACUCCCGUCCAGCAGCAGCACCAGUACCAACGCCCAGUCUUCCAGCUUCUCCGCUACCAAACCCAGCCCUCCCCGGGGUUCUCUAAGCCCCUAUCUCAACAUCCCAUCCAACCCGCGCCUGCAAAACGUCGCUCAAGACCUUGCGCAAUUCUCCCUAUCGGCCAAUUUGGCCUUCCAAACAGGCCUCAAGAUUCCCGCCCAGUCGUUCCGCGAGACGCUCGUCUCGGUGCAGUAUCGCCUUCUGGCGCUGCAGCACGAACUAGAGGAUGUACGCUCGCCACCACCGAGCCAAGAGAUGGAGACGGGAUCGGAAUCGACAAUCCCCACGGAGAGAGUGACGGCGACGGAGACGGAGACGGAAAAGCUCCUCCGUCUAGGUAUGCUAGCGUUCACGACCACCACCUUCCUCAAGGUCAAGGAGAUUCCUAUGCCCUACCACGACCUAGCCCGCCGGGUGAGGCGCGUCGUGGAUGCGAUGGAUACUGAAUCCGGUGGUGAAGGGGAAGGAGUCAUGAAGUUGAGACUGUGGUUCCUAUUUGUGGCGAGGAUUUCGGUCCUGGACCGCCCCGUGCAUGACGAGACACUCGUUAGAACUGCGACAGUCGUGUUGCAGCAGCUGGGAUUGACUGGGCCGAAGACGGGGUGGAGCGAAGUGAGGGAUGUGCUGAGGGCGUAUAUGUGGAUCGACUGGGUGCAUUCGGAGAUGGGGAAGGCGUUUUACGAAGAAUUGGCGAAGACGACUGAGCCAUAGGGGUGCGCGUUUCCCUACAGAUUGGUCCGCUCUUUGUUCUGGAUAGAUCCUCCAGUCCUCCACCCUCUAUUUCGUGAAGACCUUGUUAUCUAUUGACGCUAACCGCACUCACUCCACGGACUAUCCAUGAAGCAGACUAUCGGGAGAAGAGAGAUAGUGUUGUCGUUGGUAUCAGAUACAAGUCGACCACCUGUCCAGCAAGUCUUAGCUGGACCUUCUUCCUUUUGUAUACCGAUUGAUAUCAUGGACAGAGUCCUCCCUUUGGUCCCAUGGGAAGGAAUAAGAACGCUAUUCUGUCCAUUUUCCCACGGCCGCAUGUACU